CCGCCACCACGCCCCAUCAUAAAUAGCCCCUCAUUUUUUGUUUCUUUCUCUGUUCUUCUAUCUUUCUUCGAUCUAGUCUUUCCUCUCCUACGCACCCAAAGAUCUUUCAAAACCAAAAAAAAGAAAAAUUCAAAAUACAUCUUUUCAGGUUUCGCGAUGGCAUCGAAGCGGAUCUUGAAGGAAUUGAAGGAUUUACAAAAGGAUCCCCCAACAUCUUGCAGUGCAGGUCCUGUCGCUGAAGACAUGUUUCAUUGGCAGGCAACAAUCAUGGGUCCUCCAGACAGUCCUUAUGCUGGGGGUGUUUUCCUAGUGACCAUUCAUUUUCCUCCGGAUUAUCCCUUUAAACCUCCCAAGGUGGCGUUUAGAACAAAGGUAUUCCACCCCAAUAUUAACAGCAAUGGAAGUAUUUGCCUAGACAUCUUGAAGGAGCAAUGGAGUCCUGCAUUAACGAUUUCUAAGGUAUUGCUAUCGAUAUGUUCUUUGCUGACGGAUCCAAAUCCCGAUGAUCCAUUGGUGCCGGAGAUUGCUCACAUGUACAAGACAGACAGGAACAAGUAUGAGACAACUGCAAGGAGCUGGACCCAGAAGUAUGCCAUGGGCUAAACGAGCUUUGGUGUGUGCGGGGGAAGACCCUAUGUUUUUUUUUUUAUUAUUAUUAUUUUGGUUUUUUCAGUUCUAUGUAUGAAUGUUUGUUCUGUUGCUUCAAUGCCUAAAAUGGACCAAGGAGGUCCACAACAUGCACUUAGUUAAGAAGAAAUGCAAAUGUUGCUUUCUGUUGUUCUAUGGAUAAAGGUAACUUUGGAAGAGGGAAACUUGUUCCCUGAAAUUGAAAAUAUUCACUAUUCACCCCAAGUUAA